GGAAUGUCCCGGGAGAGAGGGGGAGGCGGCCUGACUGUUUCCGGGGUGACGGCUCCGCUCCCGGCGUCUGAGUCAGAGGAACAGGGCAGUGGGUGACCGGUGGCGGACGUUGGGAUCUCUCACUCCCAUCGUUUGAAGAUGGAGUUUCGGCUGUAGCAGCAGGAGGAAGAGGAGCGGCAGCUACGGCGGAGGCGGGCGGCUCGCCUUCCCGUCCAGAACCCAUAGGAAGGAAAUAGCAUUAUGUAUGCUUCAACCAAGUAUAGCAGUCGGGGCCCUACCCUUAUUCCCAGGAUGAAAACUAAACAUCGAAUUUACUACAUUGCCCUGUUUUCUGUUGUGCUUCUUGGACUGAUCGCCACAGGAAUGUUUCAAUUUUGGCCACAUACAAUUGAAGCCACCAAUGAGUGGACGUUUGAAAAACGCAGCAUCCAUGAUGUUCCAGAAGUCAAGCUAGCUGAAGACAGUCCAAUUCCUGAAAGAGGGGAUUUGAGCUGUAGAAUGCACACUUGCUUUGAUGUUUACCGUUGUGGGUAUAACCCCAAGAACAGAAUAAAAGUCUACAUCUAUCCACUGAAAAAAUAUGUUGAUGAGUAUGGCACUGUGCUCAGCAACACCAUCUCCAAAGAGUAUAAUGAAUUGUUGACUGCCAUUUCAGAAAGUGACUUCUACACAGAUGAUCUAAACAGGGCAUGUUUGUUCAUUCCGUCCAUUGAUGUGCUUAAUCAGAAUAACCUCAGGAUAAAAGAAACUGCACAGGCAUUGGCUCAGCUAAUCAGAUGGAAUAGAGGGACAAACCAUUUGUUGUUUAAUAUGCUCCCAGGAGGCCCUCCUGAUUAUAACACUGCACUUGACGUUCCACGUGACAGAGCCCUUCUUGCAGGUGGAGGCUUUUCCACAUGGACAUAUCGACAGGGUUAUGAUGUUAGCAUUCCAGUUUUUAGUCCAUUAUCAACAGAUGUCAACUUACCUGUGAAGCAACCUGGAUAUAGAACAUAUUUUAUCUUGUCAACACAAACUGCUAUCCAUCCAGAAUAUCGCACUGAAUUGGAGGCCAUAGAAGCAGAACAUGGAGAUGCUCUGCUAAACCUAGACAAAUGUACCAAUUUGUCAGAAGGUGUACCUUCUACAAGAAAACGUUGUCACAAAAAUCAAAUCUUUGAUUACCCACAGAUUCUACAGGAAGCCAUGUUUUGUAUUGUAUUGCGUGGAGCACGCCUUGGGCAAGCUAUCCUAAGUGAUGUCCUUCAAGCAGGCUGCGUUCCUGUAAUUGUUGGCGAUUCUUACAUCCUCCCAUUUUCAGAAGUACUGGAUUGGAAAAGAGCCUCUGUGGUCAUACCUGAAGACAAGCUUUCAGAAAUAUACAGUAUUUUAAAGACUAUCCCUCAGCAACAAAUCGAAGACAUGCAGAAACGGCAAAAUUUUGAGGGAUUUCAAAAAGUAGCUGUGGAUCAUUCCAAAUACAGUCAGGUCAAUCAAAAUGUUUUCUAUAUUGUUGCUAAUAAGAUUUUUCUGUCUUUGUACUAUUUUUUAAUUCAGAAAGUGGUGAGUGUGAACAAUCCCCUCUUCCUCCCACUCAUUCCACCUCGAUCGCAAGGCUUCACCGCUGUCGUUCUCACGUAUGACCGUGUUGAAAGUCUAUUCCGAGUGAUCACAGAAAUUUCUAAGGUGCCCAGCCUUUCCAAAUUGCUAGUUGUGUGGAACAAUCAGAAUAAGAGCCCCCCUGAAGAGUCACUGUGGCCCAAGAUUGGAGUACCCCUCAAAGUUGUAAGAACCAAAGAAAACAAACUGAGUAAUAGGUUCUUUCCUUAUGAUGAGAUUGAAACUGAAGCUGUCCUGGCAAUUGAUGAUGAUAUCAUCAUGUUGACUUCGGAUGAAUUGCAGUUUGGCUACGAGGUGUGGCGUGAAUUUCCUGACAGGUUGGUGGGAUACCCAGGGCGACUUCAUUUGUGGGACCACGAUACUAAUAAAUGGAAAUAUGAAUCCGAAUGGACGAAUGAGGUCUCAAUGGUAUUAACUGGAGCAGCUUUCUAUCACAAGUAUUUUAAUUACUUAUAUACCUACAAGAUGCCAGGUGAUAUUAAAAAUUGGGUGGAUGCUCAUAUGAACUGUGAGGAUAUUGCUAUGAACUUCUUAGUAGCUAACAUGACUGGAAAAGCUCCUAUUAAGGUGACCCCACGUAAAAAGUUCAAGUGCCCGGAGUGCACAGCAAUUGAUGGACUGUCACUAGACCAGACCCAUAUGGUUGAACGGUCAGAAUGCAUCAAUAAAUUUGCAUCUGUAUUUGGGAUCAUGCCACUGAAGGUGGUGGAACAUCGAGCUGAUCCAGUCUUGUACAAGGAUGACUUCCCGGAGAAGUUGAAGAGUUUCCCCAACAUUGGCAGUUUAUGAAAUGCUGGCAUUCAAAAUUGUGACCCUUUUGAGGACACCAUCCUUAUGCUGUAAGAUGUAGUUUCAGCAAGGACCAAUCACUGCAUGAUUUGAAACCAUUGUCAGGAAUUCGCAAUCUUCUCUUGCCUCUUUACUAAACAUUAUAACUUUAAGGGAUGCAAAGCCGAGAACAAUGUGACUUUUUUUAGAGUGACUGUUACCAAAUUGUAAUAUCUUGUCAUCACAGAAAAUUAUUUUCUUUUUCAAACAAAAAUGUAUUGUGUGUUAUGAAGACUAUUGAAGAUCAAAAACUCAAACACAACUCUUCACAAUGACGAUAUACGAAUAUCCUCCUCUCUCGUUGGAUUCAACAUCAAAAGGAUUUGUUAACAAUUAUGUUUCCAAACUUGCCAAGGUUUGACCAUGUACUGACUGCUCCAUUUGCAAUGUGUCUACAGUAAUAAUACUGCAUGUUUGCUGUGACAUUGUUUGACCUAAUUGAUUAUUCCUUGGUAUAGCAUUCAAUAAUACUUCAAGUGCACGUACCUGCAGAUGGAAAACAAUGAAAUAUUUUCAAUCUACACUGCCAAUAUUGAAAAUUGUAAUUGCAGCAUUCUGCUACAAAUAGUCUCCUCAUAAGUUCCAUUAAUUGUUGAUGAUGAUAAUCCCUUACUUUUGAUGGCUAUUUUUUAUUUUCUCAUGGUAGCAAUAUGCAGUAAUAGUUUUGAGUGUUUUAUUAGGGAUGCUGAGGUGAUAUAUUUUACAUAAUGUAUUUAACCUAUAUUAGGUAGGUAAUUCAAGCUUGCUGUCUUGUUAAAAAGAGGAGUUUAAGCUCUCCAGUGGUUCAAUGAGUCACAUGCUUUAGAGUGCGCUUGGGAGAUGGGCAAACUAUGUUGCUAUCAAAAUGGAGGUUGGGGAUAUUGGUGAAUGGGAUCAACAAGGGAUGUCCAGAAAGAGUUGUUAAAAGUUCUGAAAUUACGAGUAUGCGUUCUGCUUCUCCCAGUCAGAUGUGUGUGUUGAAAUGUACAAGCAUUGAACAUUGAUUGAGUAGGGACCAUGAUUAAUUGAUUUUUGUUUAUUGCCUACUUGCCACCUGCUACUCCCUUCCCAUACGCUUCCAUAAUCCAAAUCAAUUAAUGUACCAGUGCUUGAGAGUUGCUGGGAGACUGGUUUCAUCAAUGCAAUCAUAGUUAGGGAAGAAUCGUCACCCUGAGAUGGGAGAAAAAAAUCAUUUAAAAAUUAGAAUCAAGUUUUGCUGACUGACUUAGAUACAGUAAAGGUGUUCUGAUAUUUUACAAAAUGAAAGUCCUGGGAUUCUCAAAGCUUAGGCUUUGCACAACUGGCUGCAAGUCAAAGGUAAAAGUGUUUACGAUUCACUAGACUAGUUGCUUGGAAAAUGUGUCAUUAGCAUAUCUCCCAGACUGCUGAGGUAAGUAAGUAUGUCAGCUAGUUUUGCAGUUGGCAUUUAGGAAAUUGCAUGAAGCCUGUUCUAUAGGAAGCUCCUGUAUGUAUGAAAGCACCUUAAUAAAAUUUAAGAUACUGACAAUAUCGUAUCGUACUACACAGUCAAAUGAAGAGUUUUAGCAAAUUCUAAAGAUACAUUGGACAUCUUCCUGAGAUAAUACAGCAAUUUUAGAUUCGUGAAGGUUUUUGCACAUUUUUUUAAAAUUAAUGUUUUCUUCCAAAGAGCUGACUGUUGAACAACACUGUGGUUAUAAUGUUUGUUUUUUUAUUGAUGACCGUUAUAGAUAUCAUUGUUAGAAACCAAGAAUGUUCAUGAUUUAUAGAGCCAUUUAUACAGUGUAAUAUUUUCCAGCAGCUGCUUUAUUCCAUCUUAACACUGCAAAAUCCGACUAUUAAUUGGCUAAUCCCAGGAGUGUAUUCUGCGGUAGUUUCUGAGAUGAAGUCCAGCACAGGAAGCCAAGAACGGUGUGAGUUUCAUUUGUUUUGCUUCAAAGUUGUCACAUAAUAUCAGGGUAUGUUGUACUCCCUUCACAGGACAGGUUAGGACAAAAUAUUUCUGAGACAAUUAAUAGGUAUAACUCACUGAAACAUGCUAUGAGUACCAUUCAUUACAGGGAUCAAAAUGCUGGAAUCAGACUGUGGCUCAACUUCUGAUGUUUUUAUACCAGCUGUGUGAAUUGUUAUUCCUACAUUACACUACUAUUGGCAGUUGUCAGUAUUUUCAUAUUUUCCCACCAUUAGUGAUCAGUAAUACAGGUAACUGCAUAACUAUGUAGUGAUGGUGUAUUGAAUGUUGGACAGCAACAGUAUGGAAGAAAAUACUUGUAGAGUUUGAAGCAGCUAUGAUUUGCUAUUACGAGUUUUUAGUAAACCUUCAGCACUGCUUGAAUUUUUCUAACAUAAAAAGAAUUUAGAUUUAUGCACCUCCCAUAUUGACACCAGAAUACUUUGAAAAAUAAUUCGUCUAAGUACAGCUACUUGUGUUGGAAAAUACAACUGCUAUUCCACACAGGAACGUUCCAUCUGUUUUUAGGUGGCAGUGGUUGAGACAGAAAUGUUGGCUCAGAGACAUAAAUAUUUACAAAGUUGCUGACACUGUUUACAAGUUCUAUGAUUACAAAACUAAUUGCAUUUAUGGGAAUUUGUUCCAGAAUUGUAACAAAAAUGGACUUCUUGUCAAACCAAAUAGUAAGAAUCUGUUCUUAAUGUCCUUUUAUUCUGCUGCAACUCAUUGAAAUCAUGUUAUAAACUUAAUUGCUACAACUACUCUUCUCUCAAUUGAAGAACAGUGGUUAUUUGUCAAUUAAGUUUUGAAAAGCCUGGGUUUCAUACCAUGGUUUAAGCACUUUAACUCCCUUGUUGAUCAGAAUAUAUAUGUGGAGGUGGUUGAAUUGCCAUUAGAUUGAACUGCUUUGUGUGGAAAUUCACAACCCCUUAUGCAGAUAUUCUAUACAGUGCAGUUGGUCAACUUGUAAAACUUCCCUUGAUAAGCCAGUGGGCUAUGAUCUGGUAAGGUACAAAGGCACCUGAAUCAAAUGGUUUCAGUUUUGAUUUGUGUUGUGUACCAAACUACCCUGUAGCUGACUAAGCCAACCGAGUAUCUUUGAUGUUUUAGUUAUUCUAGAUGGGGGAAAGGAACAAUUAUCCAUCUUAUCUCAUUCCUAUUAAUGGAUUCCUAUUGAAUUUACAGAUCUCCCCCACCCAGUUGCUGUGGUCUGCUGACCUUUGUUGUCCAUGAUGAUUGCCAGCUGACCAUUAUAACAAAAGACUUUUUGCCCAACUGCAGCCAUCUCUAGGGUGGGGAUGAUCCAGCUUUUUUUUCGAAAUGUUGAUCUAAUGAUCUAAUCAAAAAUCCUAUGUUUUGGAUUUGUAUGGAGUCCAAGAGUCCUACAAAAAUCAGAUGAUGAAUACGCUUUGCAGCAGAAUGCAUCGAGCACACUAUACAAAUAUGGCUGUAAAAUGUAUUUAAACAUAACUGUUAAAUGAACAAAUGUUUUUCAUAAUUUAUUUUAUCUAAAAUUUGCAAGUUUUUCUUACGUGCUGGCACACAACUUGGAACUAGUUAUCUCUGCCUUCCUACUUCAUCAGACAUUCCCUCUAGUUCUCUCGUUUCACCACCCCUUUUCUCCAAAUCUUUCCACUGCUGAGGAUCCAAAGUGAGGCCAUUAACUUGAAAUAUUAAUUCUGUUUCAUGCUCCAUAGAUGAUGCCUACACUUCUGAGUAUUUCAACCAUAUUCUGCCUUUAGUUUGGGACAAAAAGACAUUACGUUAAACUAUUAAAGAUCAAAUAUAGCAUUGUUAUUAGAAUUUUUUCCAUGCAGAAUGGUUAACAAGUGGAAUGACUUCUCAAUAAGAUAGUUAUGAUAGGGAAUAAGGUAAGUUUUCCGCUGGAUGGCUGGGUGAGAUGAAAUUGGUCAAAUAGUUGUAACUGAGCUGUUCUGAAAAAAAUCAUAUCGGACUUGAGUCAUUGAUUCUGUAUUGUUCCCUGCACAGAUGCUGCCAAACCUGCUCAGUGUUUCCAUACCUUCUGUUUUCAGUUCAUAUUUCUAGCAUCAGCAGUAUUUGCUUUUAUUAGAUUUAGUCAUUUCAAUUAAUUUCAGGGAAAGUUGAAUGGAUAUAUUAAACAAUUGAACCGCAUUGAAUCUUAAAAUUGUAUUUCAGAUUUCACAAAGCAUUGCCAUUGAUACUUUUCUGCAAUCCUUGCACUAAAAUGGCAAAAUCUAUCAACUAUAUGUGAUCUCUUAUCAACUUCUAACUGUAUUUUUCUUAUUUUUUGGUUUAACGUCAUUGUACUUUAUUUGCAAAUGUUAUCUAAUUAUUGCAUACCUGUGUGUAUUUCAUAACUGGACAGUACUGUUAAAUGGAAGUCAUUGGGUGGCCACUGAAAGUCAUUUAUCAAGUAAAUUAACUUUAUAUCACA